AUGAAGGCCUUCAACCAAGCAUUCAACCAGCCAGGGGGCGCGUUUCGAGUCCUCCUCGUCACCUUUGCGAUCGUCCAUUUCGUCCGAAUCUUUCUAAUUCCCACCGUCGCGUGGCUAAUCGGCAGUGAGGAAUUCGCAGACACCGAGCGCGUAGUCCGUAUCAUCGGGUUUCGGCCGUCGGGCCCGUGCUCGCUCCCGCGGCCGGUGAGCAACUGCACGGUGAACGAGCGCAUCCACAUCGUGCUGGUGAGCGCGCAAUGGGACCGCGAGCCGUUCACGCGCGACGAGACGGAGGUGAUUCUCAAGUCGAUCCUGAUGUCGACGCAGUGCCGGCUAUUCUUCCACUUCAUGGUGUCGGGCGAGGCGGAGGAGUGGGGCAUCUCCGACAUGAUGGAGCAGCUCGGCGCCGUGCCCUUCGACGCCGUGGGGCCCGUGUCGCCCAACCUCGUGCGCCACGACAUCGACGCGCUCGUCGACCAGAUCAGCUACGACCCCAACCACGACGACAAGGUCCGCGCGCCCGUCCCGCCGUGCGUCACUCCUGCCGUGUGCCGUGCCUGGCGGGCCGUGGCGGACGAUCCUCCAGUGGGCUACACCAUCCACCCCAUCCCUGUCUGCUGGGUUCGCCAUAAGGCGGAGCUGCUGGGGAUAAACAUAACGCACCACUCGGGCGAGGCGGGGUUUGCAAAGCUGUUUCUGCCGGAGAUCCUGUGGAACGUGCGGCGCGCCAUCUACCUGGACGUGGACAUGGUGGCGGCGGAGGACCUGGGCGCGCUGUGGGGGUACUUCCGCGAGAUGGACGCGGACCCCGACCUGCUGCUCUUCAUGGGCGACAACCACCCCACCGCCUACGGCCCGCGCUCGCGCUACCCCUUCUGCUCCUGCCAGCUCAUCAUGGACCUCGACCGCCUCCGCCGCCACAACCUCACCCGCCUGGUGAUGGAGGCGUUUGGCGAGCAGAAAGCGAUGGAGGUGUGGGGGUUCAGGCCGGGCGACCAGUGGGUGUUCACCAUGAUGUGCAUGAACAACCCCGACAAGUGCCGCACCCUGCCCAAGAUCUGGAACGUCUCCGGCUGCUCCAAGCCCCGCUUCCUCGGCCUCAACGCCCGCGACAAGGACCAGGUGCGCUGUGUGCAUGCGCCAAGGACCAAGUGCGCUGUGUGCAUGCGCCAAGGACCAGGUGCGCUGUGUGCAUGCGCCAAGGACCAGGUGCGCUGUGUGCAUGCGCCAAGGACCAGGUGCGCUGUGUGCAUGCGCCAAGGACCAGGUGCGCUGUGUGCAUGCGCCAAGGACCAGGUGCGCUGUGUGCAUGCGCCAAGGACCAGGUGCGCUGUGUGCAUGCGCCAAGGACCAGGUGCGCUGUGUGCAUGCGCCAAGGACCAGGUGCGCUGUGUGCAUGCGCCAAGGACCAGGCAGAACGGGACGUGUUGGCGAAUGGCGCAUUUCAACUGCAUAGGAGUGAGGGACAACCGCUACUACGCGCUGGCCAACACCGACUGGGAGGACAUGCGCCAGGCACCCUACAGCGGCGCCAGGCAUGGCAGCUGUGCCCGCCUCGGCGCCUGUACUCACCGGCCGUCGCGCUGCUGGCUCAGCGCCGUCCGCGCUCGGCGCUCUCAGCAGCAACGCGACAUGGCGGAAUGGAGGCGGGCGCCUUUCCAGGUGGAUGCCAGAGGUGCCGCCGAUGCGGCGCAGGGGCAGAAAGGGUGCGUGCACGCUGCCUCACUAAGAGCCGCCGCAACUGGCCCCCCUCCCCGUCCGCCCUCCGACCAGCAGAUCGCUGCGCACUGGCCCGCUGUCCAACGACCCUCUCUCGCCGCUCGUCCGCAUCCCCCUUGCAGCGCACCUGCCAUUGCUGAGUGUGCGCCCCCUCCAUUCCGCUCCUUCCCCUGCGGCCUUCCCCCUCUCCCUCAGCCCGUGCGCGCCCUUACCUGCGUAACCCAUGCCGCAUGCCCCUCUACUUCCCCCCUCGCCCGCCUGCCCUCUGCCCGCCACCUCUCAUGCCGUUCGAACCACUGCACCUCUCAGAACCACGUGUCUCACACGCACCCAUGCUUCUCAUGGCGCUUCUCUGUCGUGCCUUCCCCCUCCUCUUCCCUUAUGUGCGUGCCAGUUCGUGCUGCCCAACGGCCUGCGCGUCUUUCUGCUCGAAGACCACGAGCUGGGGCUGGUGAGCGCUGCGUGGGGCUGGUGGGUGGGCAGCUGCUCGUGAAGGGCGGGGCGCAGUAUGAAGCGCCCGACAAGGUGGGAGUGGCGGGCAUGAUGGCGGCGGUGCAGCGCAGUGGGGGCACGCAGCAGUACCCCGAGGAGCACCUCGAUGACACGCUUGAGGCAAUGGCGGCGUCAAUAGAGACAUCAGCGGGCACCUCAUCGCUCUCAGCGUCCUUCCGCUGCCUGCAAGAGGACGCCCCCACCCUGCUCCCACUGCUCCGCGAUGUGGUGCUGGCACCGCUGCUACCAGCAUCCAAGCUGGCCUUCUCGCGCACGCAGCUGCUCGGCUCCAUCGCCCGCCGCAACGAUGAUCCAGGGCGGGUGGCAUCAAGGGAGCUGCAGCGCCUGCUCUACAGCCCCGCCUCCCCACGCGGCCGCUACCCCCUCGCUGCUGACGUCGCCCGCAUCUCCCUCGCCGACCUGCGCGCCUUCCACGCAGCUUCCUACAGCGACCCAUCGCAGGCAGUGCUGGGAGUGUGGGGCGACUUUGACGCGCGGAGCAUGCGCGCGCUGCUGGAAGACACCUUCCUCGCCUGGCCCGCUGCCCCCGCCACCCCUGCGCGGCGCGCUGCCAAGGGGCGGGCGGUGCCGUACUGGGGCCCGGAGGAGGGCGUGGCAGCCAGCGCAGCGGGCGUGUAUGUGGUGGACCGCCCCGGGCUCACCCAGAGCAUAGUGCGCGUGGGAGAGCUGGGCAUCACGAUCAGCGACGAGGACGUGUUUGCACUGGACGUGCUCAACGCAAUCCUCAAUGGCUUCGGUGGCCGCCUCUUCGACCAGGUGCGGUCGAGGGAGGGUCUGGCAUACUCGGUGUCGGGUUCGUGGUCGCCAGGCGUUGACCACCGGGGGGCGUUUGUGGGGGGUGGGGAGACGAGGGCGGAGGCAGUGGGGCAGUUCGUCACAGCAGUGCAGCGCGUGCUGGGCGAGGCCACGCUGUUACCACCUUCACCGGGCGAGCUACAGGAGGCCAAGGACCGGGUGCUCAACUCCUUCGUAUUCAACUUCGCUGACAGUGGAGCACAGCUGAGUCGCAUAAUGACGUACGAGCUGUUUGGCAUCGAUCAGGACUUCAUCUUUGAGUUCAAGCGCCGCGUGGAAGCACUCUCCCCCGAGGCCGUGCUGGCAGCGGCGCAGCGCCGCCUGCACCCUGGGGAGCAGCCCAUCGUGGUGGUGGCGGACGCUGCUGCCGUCAUGCCGCAGCUCUCCUCCCUCGGCCUGUCCGUCACCCUCAUUGACCCCGUCUAG